AUGGACACCAUCAGAGGAAAACAGGAAAAUUCUCUUCUCUAUCAUUUUCAUGACGGAUUUUUCUUUCACUUGAACAAGACUGCCAAUGAGACUCACUAUUAUCGCUGUACUCUCUGGAAGCAAGGCUGUCCAGUAAGAGCCAACCUGAAACCCGAUGGUAUUUUCAGAACCAAUUUCGAGCAUAACCACCUUGCCGACCCAUCUCAAGCAGGUCUUAUGACAGAGCGUUUGGCACUGAUUAAUGAGGCCAGGCGGUUAGACGUAGCAACGGUUCGUGAUGCUUUCCUUGAUGUACAGAACCUUGGCUUUGCUGGGGAGCUCAAUUUCCACAGUUUGUAUCCAGCAAUGACCAGAGCCCGAGAAAGCUCAUGGCCCCAUGUACAGAAUCUAUCGGAGCUGUGUGAUGUCCUGGAAAAUCCCACUUAUGCUUGCAUCACUGCCUUAGAUCAUUUUGUUGACAGUAUUUUUGGAGGAGUCAGUCAUGGUCGGUUUGGGCCUGUGGUUUUAUUUAUGACCAAUAAGUCAAAUGAAUUUCUAAAAAUGAUACCGACAGUUAUUAUUUUGUGCUCUCCAAUUACUGUAGGGACCCAGCAAUAUAAGCUGUACACCAUUGCGACGGAUUGGGAAGGAAACGUAAUACCUGCUGCUCUAAUCUUAGUGGAGACUGAAACACAUGAUACUGUAGUUGCUGGAUUUACUAUGCUGAGAGAUACUGUUGGAACCUGGAAUUUAUCAUUAGCUUUGUGUGGCAUUCCGGGUGUUGCACAUGCUUUUCAAGAAGUCUUUGCUGUCAAUGUGAAACCUUCUCUUCUUGAUUACAUUUAUGACAUAAAGGCUUUCAUGAAACAACAAGUUUCACCAGCCACUCUCAAUGGAAACGCCCAAUUAAUGAAUAUUUUGGUGCUAUGCUCUGCUCUUCCUGUUAUUCCAAAAGAACUUCUUCAAAUGAGCAUUAAUAUAAUUAUCAAUGAGGCUGUAAGUGGAGAAGUGUACAGUGAUGCGACAAGACUUUUCAACUACCUGGAAAUGGUUUGGAUUCAACAUGCCAACUUCACGAUGUGUGAUGUUGUGAGAACCUCUUUUAGCAGUGUGGAUCUGAAACGGAGCCUGGAAAGGACUUUUAAGGAUUUCUAUUCCCUCAUUAGAUUCAACAGAAGCUUGUUUGAGAAAUCCUGUGAUUCAAUUCAUAAAGUUUACAACGGUCAGAGACUGCAGUACAAGACCAGGGCAGUAUUAAGCGAUGAACGAGUUGUUAACUUAUUGAAAGCUCCUCUAUCCCCUGUAGCAGCAUCUAAUUUACUCCAUGCAGUUGCUGAAAAAAUUAGUCACUUAGACACUGCUCAACAUAAGUUUCCAACUCAGGCAGAUACACUUGGAAAAAGUAAAAGAAAACUUGGCUUAGCAAUUAUCUUCUUUGAGCAUCAAAAUAAAGAAUGUGAGGACAAAAUCUAUGAAGUAAUAAAGGAGUAG